AGAAUAAAAGUUGAUCGUCGAAGAUAAAGUGCUCAUUCAUGGUUCUGUUCCUUGCAUAUUUUGUCUUUUUCUAAUCAGUGACCACGUAUCUUUUUCAUUACUAGCAGGAAGAUGUCUUUAUUUCACAACGUGGAACUGCUGCCGGGAGUGAUGCGUCACAGUGAACUGUCAAGUUCAUGGAGUUGGAGCAAAUUUAUUACUAAUAUAAACAAGUUGGAUGAGAAGGAUAAAGCAGAAGAGUAUGCAGCUUGGUUGAAGGAAACAGGGGAUUCGAAAGGCGAAUUUCUUGAUGACGGUCGUCUAUGGCCCUAUGUUGUGCCCGUAGAAGCUUUCGGCGAGCACCUGUUUGGCGAAUACACGGACAAGCUGAGAGAGGGCGUUUUGGUUGAAUACCAAAUGCGAGAUUAUGAUGAUCUAAUGGAGAAUAAUGUGAAGUGCAUGUGGCUGGCGAAAAUCUUGAAGAUUGCUGGUUAUCGUCUCCUGCUACGAUGGGUGGGUGCAGAUGAAGACGGAGACGACAAGCAUGAUUUUUGGGUCAAUAUUGGCAGUCGCAUACUUCAUUCUGUUGGCUACGGCGGAUCAAUCCAAACUAGCAAGCUUACGUACACUUACAUGCCACCAAGGUUUAUCGCUGAUCGUUGGACUGCUGAAGGCGAAGAUUCAGUAGCCAAGCAUAUCCAGGCCACUAUGAUACCUCUGCAGCACGUGCAAACACUUCGUCGACAGUUCGAACAGGAUCGGAAACGUAUCAUAUGUGAACCGGUUUUCAAAGUGAAUGACAGAGUGGAGUUAUUAGACUACAACAACUCAACUCGUGUACGACCUGCACGUGUCAAGAAAGUAGUAGGACGACGGAUCUGCGUUCAUGUGAGAAGUGACGAUUUCGAUGGUGAAGUGGAAGAAGAUGAUCGUCAGUUCGGUGACGAUGCUGAAUUUUGGGUGGAUCAGUCUAGUUUUUACAUCUUUCAUGUUGGUUGGGCAUGUUACAAUAAUUAUGGACUUGGAUCAUCUAAGGAAUAUCGAAGGCACGCUCAGCAGGUUGCCGAUGCAUUGGCCAAGGGAGAAGAUCCGCCCUAUGCAGCUUGUGAUGUAACACCGCAGAAAAUCCGCUCAUGGACGGCUAAUAAAGAUGCCCCAAUGGAAUGGGAAAAGGGAAUGCGUUUUGAACUCAUGGAUCCUUUGGCUCAGACGUUUAAUGAGUUGCGCGUUGCCACUGUUCUGGAAGUGUUAAAGGGUGGAUAUCUCCGAGUCGGCAUGGAUGGACCUGACGUCGAAACCGAAUGCAUUCCUCUUCACUGUACCAAUACUUUCAUGUUCCCCGUAGGUUACGCACAGAAAUACGAUAUCAAAUUGGGUGGCCCUAAUGAUACGGAAGAGUUCCGUUGGGAUGACUAUCUACAUCAGGCAGGGGCCAUAGCAGCUCCCGAGUCACUUUUCCGUCCAGUUCCAGAUAAAUCCUUCAUGAAUCAGUUUUGGAUUGGCGCUAAAUUGGAAGCCUCUGAUAUGUGCGAAAAUCACCUGAUAUGUCCAGCAACGGUGGCGGCACACAAAGGACGCUUGCUGCAAAUCCAUUUUGAUGGAUGGGAGGAGACCUAUGACCAGUUGUUUGACGUUUUUUCAAGCGACAUCUUUCCUUUGGGCUGGUGUGAGAUGCAUGGCUACAAACUCGAACCACCAAAAACUGAAGAGGAACCAGCAAAGAAAAAAAAGAAAAAGUAAUCCGUGUUCAUUUGUUUUCUAUUGCAUCUACUGAUCGCGCCUUGAGAUCUCAUGGUAACCUUUACUACUCUCAUUUUUCACUUUGAAACUUUGUUUUCCAAACAUAUGUGAAGAAAUACUGGAAUUAAAAUCGUACCCAUCAUAAUCCCGAGAUUAUAUAUACAAUAAAAAGGGACAAGUGAGGCAAUAAAAUUUCGCUAGAAAACAG